AUGACUGUCCUUCGAUCAAGAGAGUUCUUGUCCCCAGCUGAUGGCCAGCUUGGUCAAGCUGUCGGAUACUUCAUAUUAUUUGACAGUCUCGAUCUUGCUCUCGAGAGCAUGCUCUAUGCUCUAUGGUUCAGGGUCUUAAAGCUGCGAACUGCAUUGUGGGCUCUCGACCUAGCGGUCCUAAACAUCAGCAUAAGAAGCUAUUUCAUAGACGACAUCGAACUACCAUUCUCAGAAAGAGUGUCAAGAGGGCGCCGCAUAAUCGCACUGUUCAGUCGAGUUCAGGACGUCAUAUACUCUUUUGAGGUACGCACGCUCUCUCUCUUCAAAAUAGGCUAUUCGCGAGGCCUUACCUCGUAUUCGUUUCCGCUUAAGUUCGGGCUUGGUGACUGCAUCGUAGUGUGGAGAGCGUGUGUCCUGACACGCGAUUUGCCCAAGCUCUGGGCGGUACUAAUCGCUCUGCUCAUCGGUUCCUUCGCUUCGAGCCUGGGUUUCGUUGGUUGCAUCAUUCAUGAAGGAUUCCCUGCCGAAUUGGCCACAAUUUGUACUGAUAUAGAGAUUGCUGCUAUCUCUUUUUCUAUCCUCACAAACAUCGCUGCAACAGGCUCGAUUGGCUACAUCGCAUGGAACAGAAUAGAAAAGAUCUUGUGGUCUAUCGUUGAAUCUGGUGUAAUCUAUGUCUUCGUAUGGACCACACAAUUAUCAUAUUUUGUUCCCGUCACAUUCCCCGUCGGGAGCGCAGGAAAUUUCCUCCCCGUUUUAUUGACUACCUUGGGCCAACAAGUCGUCGGAAUAUACCCAACUAUCGUGAUCAUCAUCGUAGACAACGGCGUCUCAGCUCUCGAUUCUGUCGCCAUCUCCCGGAACGCACCCGUUUCUUCCCUUCAAUUUGCGAGCAACUCUUGGACCGGCCAAGGACCUAUGACGAUAAACCAAGACAGCGACGACUUAGAGGAUGGAGGCGAUGGCCGACACCGCAUACAUGAGAACGAAGAGGAGGCGAUUGAGGGGAAGGACUUAUCCCACGAGGGCGAGAUUGGUGCAAAGACGAGACGCUGCGAGACGUCCUGGAAGCUCGAGGUGGCGCGCCACACAUCGCUAUGCCUUGCUUCGUUACAGAAUACCUUCAUCAUCCUGCGGAGACUCCUCGCUGCUCUGAAUACUUACUGCGUACCCCUGCUCAAAUGCUGGGGUGGUCAUGAACGACUUGGAUUGCGGCAAACUUGGAACCUUGAACCCUUGCCAGCGCCAUUUGAAGCGGAGUCAGAAUUGUCCGAACUUCUCCGAAGCCUUGGCCACUCGUUGUGGCCCAUCUACUCCGAGGUUCUCCAAAAAAAGAAUACACCCGAGGACACCUCCAACAAGCCCGGAAUGACGCUCCUCGGCACGGAAGACUCGGACAGUAUCAGGGCUUCACCAUCCAAUCCUCGGUACACAGCAACGAACGAAAGCUCUCACCGUGACCUUCACCGACUUCUGAUAGCGGCCAGCGAUUCAGAUGAAGAACACCUGGUCGGUCGAGCUCCAAACUUGUCCCGCAGCGAGUACCGCUUCGUCUUCAAAUCGAGCAAGAAAAGAACAGAGUCACAUAUAGUGAUUGUAGCGAAGACCAGGCGUCUAUAA